AUGGGUCAGUAUUCAGUAUUGGUGAACCCCCCUGAUGCAAGCAUUGCGUAUAGCUUAACCAAAGCAAAGCUAGACUGCUCGGCGCCAGCACGUCAGCGCACGUCGCGUAAGAGACACGCGCUUGCGAAAACCAAUAUUCAUGAUGUGCUCGUCGCCAAGGGGUCUACUACGUGUGGCGUGCUGCCCGAUCUGGCCACUGUUGUUGGCCGUCGCGCCACGGCUAUAACACGCGAAGCAUUGCCCAGGAUUUGUAGGCGUCCAUAUAUGGCAGGAAGGCCGAAUAAGGCACCUGGGGUGCGUCGGUGA